UUGAUGAUGAUGAUGGGUUAUGAAUAAUAAUAGCAAUUGGUAGGUGCUAAGCUAAGCUAAAAAAGCUAAACCAAGCCAAUUCAUUGGAUGCUUCCCAUUUCUCGAUUUUCGAGCUUCCCAACUCUCUCUCUCUCUCUUCUUUCUCAUUUUUCAUUCUGUAAUCUGUAAAAAGGACGAACACAUAAAGGCGACGGACACUCACAACCUUCUUUUUCGACGUUACUCUAAAUUUCCCUUUCCGUUUCACAAUUUUUUCUUCUUCUCAUAAACCACCUAUGGUUGUUGUCGCAUUAUCACUUGCCUUCUCUUGUUCUUCUUCUUUGGGCAGUGGAUUCUGCAGCUGACACCCUUCUACUUGUCAGACCCACUGUUCUCAUGUUCUUUUUCCACCGUUUCAUCAAUUAAAAAUAGCUUCUACAAGAUUUUUCUGAGUUGGGUCUUGGACGUUUUUUUUAAAAAAAACUAAUUAUUACAUUUGUAUUUUUUACUGCUUUGUUUGUUUGGUGGUGAGAGUAAUGGGGUUUUGAAGCUGUGUGAUUCUGGUUGUUUAUUCUUCUUAUUUUGUCUUUUUUGCGAAUCCUUGAGCCAAUCAAGCUGCUGUGAAUCGUAAUGCUCGGGCUUUAGCAUAGAAGAUUCGAGUAGAAGAAUAAGAGGAGUUGAAGUUUGAACCCCAGCUGAGAAAAGCAUUGUCCGGUUAUUUUGGUAUCUCUUUAUCUUUUCAUGGAUCUUGUAAUUUGGUCACUUGGAUAUUGUUGGUUGUGAAAUUUUUGUAAUGAACAUUGGAUUUUAAGCCAUUUGUUUGGGUUUUCGAAUCACUUAAACUUGGAAGAGGGAGAUUCUGUGGAGAAGUUGAGUUUAUUCAAACAUUGUCAAAGGUAAGCCCAACAGGAAUUUGUUAUUAGGGAGUUUUUAGCUUUGGGGUUUAGUUGUAUCAGCGUUUCUCCUUAAUGAUUGUUCUGCUUGAGUUUCUUUCAAUUGGGUCUACGAUUUCUGCUGCGUUUGUGAUUGAAAUUCUAUAGCAGACAUCUUUUAUUUGGUAUCCAUUUGGUGAAAUGGGUUGUGCUGCCUCAAGUAUUGAUGAGGAGGAGAGAGUGAAGGCUUGUAGGGAGAGGAAGAAGCUAAUGAAACAGUUAAUAGGGUUUAGGAAAGAAUUUGCAGAUUCCUUGCUAGCUUACUUGAGGGCAUUGAAAAAUACAGGUGCAACCCUUAGACAAUUUACUGAGUCUGAAACAUUGGAGCUUGAAGAUACUAUUUAUGGCUUGGCAUCUCCUCCAUCACCACCUCCCCCUUUGCCUCCCUCUCCACCCCCACCUCCACCUUUUAGCCCUGAUUUGAGGAAGCAUGGUGCUGAAGAUGCACAAAAAGAUGAGCUUGCCCAAGAAGAAAGCGUAGUUAUCGACGAGGAUGAGGAUGAGGAUGAUCACACUCCAUCACCUCCAAUCUUGAGCUCAUCUUGGGAGUAUUGGGAUCCUUUUGAGCAUUCUGCUGUGCAUCAACAAAAAAAGAGUGAAACUGUGGGGCCAGUUGAAGAGGAAAAUUGGGCAGAGACUAGAAGCGAAUUUGAGGAAGAGGAUAAGAAGGAGGAAGCUGUGGAAGAUGUCGUGAAUCCAGUACCUACGACUCUAGAGCAAAGGGAAUUGAUAAGUUGUAUUUCUUCUACGAGUAGCUUGCAUAUGAAGGUGGCUACAGACAUGGGCAUGAUAUCAUGGAAAAAUAAGAAAACCUUGGGAGCUGUGGUCAAGGAACUCGAUGAGUAUUUUCUUAAAGCAUCGGGCGGCAUAAAAGAAAUAGCAGUUCUCAUUGAUGUCACUGUUGGAAACGAUUUUCCACCCCAUAAUUUCAGGGAAAACAAGAGGAAGAGAAGCAAUUCUGCUAAAGUGUUCAAUGCAUUAUCGCGGAGGUGGUCAUCUAGCACACUUCAGUUUGCCACAGAUGCAGCUGAGUUUCUUGGUCCCAAUGAACCGUGCCGACCUGGAGCUCAUUGUAUCACCCUAAAAAAGCUUUAUGCAGCAGAACAAAGGCUUCAAAAGGACAUUAAGGAAGAAGAAGGUACCAAUCUAGAGUAUAAAAAGAAAGUUUUGCUACUACAAAAGCAAGAGGAUGAGCAUCAUGAUUGGACCAAAAUUGAGAAAACUCGCCAGACUGUUGAGGGUUUGGAGUCUGACAUAAUACGUCUGCGGCAAGCUAUAGGUGAACAUUGUGCUUCUAUAUUGGCGCUAAUGGAUGAGGAACUGUAUCCACAAUUGGUUGCUUUAACUUCGGGGUUAUUGCACAUGUGGAAGAUAAUGUCUGAAUGCCAUCAAGUUCAGAAUCAAAUCUCCCAGCAGUUGAACCAUCAUAUCAACAACCAUGACAUAGAUCUAAGUACAGAUUACCAUCGCCGGGCCACAGCUCAGCUUGCAGCUGAGAUAACAGUCUGGUACAGCAGCUUCUGCAAUCUCGUAAAAUAUCAGCGAGAGUAUGUAAAAACCCUCUGUAGGUGGACUCAACUUACUGACUUCCUUGUCGAUCAUGAUAGACAGAGUGUUUGUGCAUCUGUGGUUCUUAACAUCUGUGGAAAAUGGCAGGAUACACUUGAAAGAUUACCUGACAAGGCAGCUUCAGAGGCCAUCAAGAAUCUCUUGUCAGCCAUAAACUCUCUACUACUCCAGCAAGUGGAGGAACAAAACCUCCAAAGGAAAUACGAAAAGCUGGAUAAGAGACUUCAAAAAGAGAUGCACUCAUUGGCGGAGAUGGAAAAGAAACUUGGGGGAAACUCUCUGUCUGAAGUUGGAAAUGACAAUUUGAACUCCAAGAAUCCUCUUAUACUAAAGCGUGCAAAAACCGAUGCCUUGAAGAAACUUGUUGAUACCGAGAAGGCCAAAUAUCUAAACUCCAUCCAGGUUAGCCGAGCCAUGACUUCAAACCAUCUGAAAACAGGCCUCCCCAAUGUCUUUCAGGCACUUAUGGGAUUUGCUAGUUUAUCUGUAAAGGGUAUGGAGUCUGUUUGUAGUAAUGUUACACCACCCCAGGAAUGUUGUGAUGAUGCAACAGUGAGCUCUACUAAUUGAGUUUAUUAGCCAUUUUGGGAUAGUAAUGGGCCCAUAGAACAUGUUAUUUUUCUUUUUUAUCAACAGAAGUUUACUUGCUCUGCAGAAAAUUUCCUAUAUUUUAUUGGAUGUCAGUCUAAUCACUAUACCAAUACACGAAGUCCAGAUUUCUAUCAAGUAAUGAAAUAAUAAUAUUCUGCUGAUUAGGUCUA